CAAAAAGAAAAAGUCUGCUGGUAAUAAGAAGAUUAGUAAAGCUGAACGGAUGAAGAUGCUAAGAGAAGAGGAGGAACGGCGAAUGCUUGAAGAAGAGCAAGCCCGCUUACGUGCUGAGCAGGAACAAGCUGUGAAAGCUGAAAAGGAACGUAUUGAAAGAGAGAAGACCGAACGCCUUGAAGCCAAAGAUCAAGAACGCCGGGGUGAGGAGUUAAAUGAACUUGCUGAGUUAGAAGAGAGCUUUGUCCUUGCGAGCCAAUGGAAGUUGAAAAGUAGAGCCCUUGCUAAGUGGGAACAUUAUACACGCUGUGACGGAAGCCCAGACCCAACAGUCCCCCAGGAAAUCAAUACUUUUAUGAGUUUGUGGCUAGAAGAGACCCAGAACGAUAUUACGACGGUGGUCGAGAAAGGCAGCAAAGUGCUGGAAGUAAGUCCCUGCCACUAUUAUAUCUAG